AUGGCCCCCAAAUUAUCGCCGCCGUCUGUGCCAACUGACAAUCGGAGCCAUCCAAACUUCAAACGGCGAGCUUCGGCGGCCCUUGGCGCACUGCACAAACCUUUCAAAUGUCCCGGGACUGCAUCUACCGGAACUUCAUCAUUGGAAAGACCAUCACGGAAACGAAAACGAGUUGAUUACUCUGGGGCAGAUGGCGAUGCUCCGAAGGACGGAUUCUACACCAACGGUGAUCGACUAGCGCUUGCAACCCGGGACGUCAAUAGGUUUCCAGUAUACAAGCCGAAGGAGAAACACGUUGUCUUCAGCAAGGCGUUCUCUGUGCCUCUUAAAGACAAAAGCAGUUCAUCCUACAAUCCAAACAGGCCACCUCCUACGUUGGGCUUGAGACAAGGCGCAGUAGUUUCUCCGAAGCCCUUGCAUGAUCCCAGCGGCGAAUUCGCAAUCGUACUAUACGAUCCAACUAUCGAUGCAAAGCUUGACAUUAGGAGGCAAGCCCAAAUGCCCAGCACAUCUGAGAUCCCUCAAAAGCCGCAACUAGACGCCCCGCUUGUGCACAAAAGCUUGGCAGAAAUUCUUGGUAUCAGGAAGAAAGUCAGCAGCGAGGAGUCGAAAGUACCCGUUGUUCUAGACCCAAAACUUGCCAAAAUUCUUCGACCACAUCAAGUUGAAGGUGUCAAAUUCAUGUAUCGCUGUGUCACGGGAAUGAUUGAAGAGAAGGCAAAUGGUUGCAUUAUGGCAGAUGAAAUGGGACUAGGUAAAACACUGCAAUGCAUCACCCUCAUGUGGACCCUGCUCAAACAGUCGCCUGAAGCUGGAAAGCCGACAAUUCAGAAAGCUAUCGUGGUUUGCCCAGCAAGCUUGGUCAAAAAUUGGGCUAACGAAUUGACCAAAUGGCUUGGCCCGAAUGCCAUCACGCCAUUUGCUAUUGAUGGGAAGGCGUCAAAAGAAGAAUUGACUAGACAACUCCGACAAUGGGCUAUCGCAUCUGGUCGGUCAGUUACUAGACCGGUCAUCAUUGUGUCGUAUGAAACCCUAAGACUGAAUGUGGAGGAGCUGAAGCAUACCAAAAUCGGUCUUCUCUUUUGUGAUGAAGGGCAUCGGCUCAAGAAUGGCGACAGCAAUACGUUUAGUGCCUUGAAUAGCCUGAAUGUUUCUCGGAGGGUUAUUCUAACGGGAACGCCCAUUCAGAAUGAUCUGACGGAGUACUUUUCUCUAACGAGUUUCGCCAACCCGGGUCUCCUAGGAUCGCGCUUAGAGUUCCGAAAACGGUUUGAGAUCCCCAUUCUCCGAGGGCGUGAUGCAGACGCUUCCGAAUCAGAUCGCCAGCGGGGAGAUGAAUGCACUUCGGAGCUUCUUGGAGUGGUCAACAAAUUCUUGAUUCGCAGAACGAACGAUAUCUUGUCGAAAUAUUUACCAGUCAAAUACGAGCAUGUGGUGUUUUGCAAUGCGGCUUCAUUUCAGGAGAACCUGUACAAGUACUUCAUUACUAGCCCCGACAUCCAAGCUUUGCUCCGAGGAAAGGGAAGUCAGCCCCUGAAAGCCAUUAACAUCUUGAAGAAACUAUGCAAUCAUCCGGAUCUGCUUAAUUUGAGCGAUGAUCUCCCCGGAUCUGAAAGCUGUUUCCCUGCCGAGUACGUACCGAAGGAGUCCCGUGGCCGAGAUCGUGAUGUGCGGCCGGAAUACUCGGGGAAAAUGAUGGUGUUGGAUAGAAUGCUCGCGCGAAUACGCCAAGAUACGAAUGACAAAAUCGUGCUUAUAAGCAACUAUACGUCGACAUUAGACCUUUUUGAGCGUCUAUGCCGAUCCCGACAGUACGGAUGUCUCAGACUUGACGGCACAAUGAAUGUGAACAAGCGCCAGAAGCUUGUGGAUCGCUUCAACGACCCAAACGGCGAGGAAUUUGUUUUCUUGCUCAGCAGCAAGGCAGGCGGGUGUGGCAUCAAUCUGAUUGGUGCCAACCGCUUGGUUCUCUUCGAUCCUGACUGGAACCCGGCGGCUGACCAACAAGCGUUGGCUCGAGUCUGGCGUGAUGGCCAAAAGAAAGACUGCUUCGUAUAUCGAUUCAUCGCAACUGGUACCAUUGAGGAGAAGAUUUUUCAACGUCAAUCGCAUAAGCAAAGUCUGUCGUCUUGCGUUGUUGACUCGGCGGAGGAUGUUGAAAGACAUUUCUCCUUGGACAGCCUCAGAGAGUUAUUCCAGUAUCGACCCAACACCACGAGUGAUACACAUGACACAUUCAAAUGCAAGAGAUGCAGGCCAGAUGGUAAACAACAUGUGAAGGCUCCAGCAAUUCUUUACGGAGAUACAAGCACAUGGAAUCACUUCGUAAACAGUGGGCUGCAGGCAAUUCAGGACCUGUUAUUGAGACAGGAGUAUGACUUAGGACAGGUUUCAGCGGUUUUCCAGUAUAUAUCGCACUAG